AUGGCCCCUACCACGAAGCUGCUUUUGCAGGGUGUCCUGCCCAUUAUGUGGGUGCCAGGGGGGCGCACUGCGCUUGCGACAGGAGGUAUAUCCCCCCGCUGCAGCAGACUCCACAGUGGAAGCAGGAAUGUGAAGCAGGUCCAGUCGAAUGGCGAGGACAAGUCACGUAGUCCAUCUAACCUGGAAGAUAUAAAAGUCUCCAAAGAAACUUCCAGCAACGCGCUAUUCGAUGAGUGCUUAGAACAAAUAUAUAAGAAGAAGAGGCAGGUUGACAAAAACAGUGUUGAGUAUGAUGUCUCUCCAGUCAUAGAAGAACUCAGCAAAGAAGAAAUAAAAUUAACGAGAGCCAUAUUUAGGAGAAUUGACGGGGGGAAAAAAAACAUAUCCCAUUUGAGUUAUAAAGAUAUAUAUAUAGAUCCAUAUUGGAAUCCCUUCAAAGAAGUGAGCGACAUAAGGAGGGAAAUCGUUUUUGAAUUUAGUGAGUACACCAAAGUGGCUACCAUGGUGGAAGUGAAAAAGCAAAGGCGCUCUAUUAAGAGGUCCCUUAAGGAGCAAUACAGAUUGUAUAACCCCUACUCAGCAGAGUAUAGUGCCCACAUCGGAUUGGACAAAGACUCGGGUGCUGGGGAGUCAGUCGUUUGUAAUGACAAAAGUGAAAAGUACUGGAACCCAGGAGUUGAUAGAAAAAAAUUACUGAACUUGAAGAGCCCCUUUAUAUGGAGACACACUCAUUUGCUGCACCACUUCAUUGGAGAAAAUGGUCUAAUUUUGCCACGUAAAAUUAAUUUUACCACGAGGAAGCAGCAAAUUCAAAUUUUUAAAGCCAUUUGUGUAGCGCGUAGGAUGGCCCUCUACCCUUAUGAUAGAAAGCCUGAGAAGGACGAUCUAAUCCCCUUGAUGGAUCCCCUGCAGCUGCUUGCGGAUGAGCUGAUUCAUCGCUAUGUUGAAAGGAACGACUUGCGAGCUCAGGCCAUGCUCAAGGUCAUGAUCAACAAGUACCCGUCUUUAAACUAUUACAAGUAUUUCUGUCAUGAGUCCGGGGAGAAGCAGCGGGGAGGGACGCAAGAGGGAGACGCACAAACGGGGGAAGCACAACUAGGGGAAGAGCAACAUAGGGGAGGAUGUCCGAGUGACUCCCAUAUCGACAAGAUGCUACGCAAGUAUAAGCAAAACUACUAUCAGGAAGCAAUGUCUCCACAAGGGCACACGAAACAGUAA